ACUGUAUCGGUAGUGAAUUUUGCUAAAGUCGACAUUGUAAGUCCCAAAAACAGUCUCUAAAGCCUAUUUUUCUAGUAGUGGUCCUAUUAUCACACUAAACAAUGUCAGCUUUGAUGUUCAUGGAAGAAAUUUUUUGUAGUAGUGAAAGUGAGGUGUUAAGAUAUAUGUAUGAGUUCUAAUUCAAAAUUAAUUGCUAAUAAGAGAAAUAAUAUAUCUAUUACCAUAAUAGAAGGGAAAAUUUACACCCACUACUGAUUUUUCCCAUUUUAUUACAUUUAUACUGUGCCACGCUGGAAACAACAUUUAUACUGUUUUUUUUUUUGGCAGUUUACUGCCUUUUAAACUUUAGCCGUGUAAGGGAUUUUCACUGCCACUUGUCACGAUAGGGUUUUGCCACGUUUUUUUUUUUUAAAAAAAAAAAAUUAAUUGUUUGAUUUGACGGUUAUGUGUUCUGAUCAAAAAGUAUUGUAUUUAUGUAUUUUUCUUUUAUUUUUUUUUUAUUAUUUUCGAACCUAAAUUUUGUAAUUGGUAAUCUCUCUCACCUCAACUGUUCAUCUUCUUCCCCAUUUUCAGUUUGCUUAGACGGUUGUAAUAGUGGGUACUUUUUUCAUUUUAAAAAAUUUCAAAUCCCAUCCCACUAUCUUAAACUUCCCUCUCAUUUUCCCUCCCAUUUUUAUUAUUUUUGUCUAUAAAUACCUUCAUAGUUCUUCAUAAUGGCCGUUACUCGUUCAUCACCAUCUCCGGCCAAAGUUACAAAACCCACAAAACAAUCGCAGAAAACCAGACCCAAAUCAAAAAUGGGUAAAAAAAAUCUGAAAGAGAACCCUCCUAGCCCCACUUCCCCUUCUGUUAAAAGAAAAACCAUUGCUGGACCUUCGAAGAACACUCGAGGAAAAAGACCUCGAACUGUUGUUGAAAAUUCAGACUCAGAUUUUGAGUUGGAUUCUGAAUUUCUUAAGUCGCCUGUUUCUGUUAAGGUAUUUUACUAUUUAUCUGUUGUUGUUUUUGAGGUUUUUUGUUUUUUUGUUAAAUUCGAUUUUUGAAGUUCAUAUAUCUGGGUAUUUGUUUGUUUUUGUUUAUGUAUUUGUAAUUGUUUUAUAUAUCUUGUUUGAUUUAUUUAUGUGUUUUUGUUAAUUUUUUAUUUGUUGUUUUGUUGGUGUUGUUUUUUUUAUUUUAGGGCAAGGGUAAAUCCCCUGUGAAGGUGUUGCCAUCAUCAGGUGUUUCUGAAGAAUUUCCUGUUAAUAGGAUUGUUGAGGUUUGUCAUGUUAUGCAUUCUGUUCUAUGUUUUUUUGUUGUUUUUUUGCUGUUGUUAUUUUCGUAGUGUUUUAUGGUGUUUUAUCAGUAUUUUCAUUGUUCUGUUUUUUAGGAUUGGGAAUGCAAGUACACUCGAUCUCAAUUUUAUCAUUCUAGAGUAGUAACAUCUGGUGAUUACUCUGUACUUGGUGACAUUAAGAGAAUUUUAACUGAAAGCCAAUUGGAAAUUUUUUCAAAAUCUGUGUUUGGUUAUUUUCUUCGAAUUCCUGAGUACAUAAUUCAUUACCAAUUGCUGCAUUGUUUGCUGUUGAGGGAGGUUCAGCAGCCUAAUGGGUUGGAGUUUUGGGUUUGUGUCCAAGGGAAAUACCUUAGGUUUAGUAUCGAAGAGUUUGCGUUGGUCACGGGGUUAGAUUGUCAUGUUGAUUCUGAUUUUUAUCAGUUUAAGCAAGAUGAUAAUGAAUUGGUCAAAUCUUGUUUUAAGGGGUACAAAAAAAUUACCGAGGGUGCUAUUCAGACUGCUUUUAUUGCUGACAAUCUUAAGGAUAACGACGAUCUUGCAGUCAAGUUGGCUGUAUUGUAUUUUGUGCAGUGUUAUUUGUUAGGUGGUCCCCCGGGUAAAGUUGUUUCGUCUGAGGAAAUAGAUGUUGUGGAUAGUGGUCGAUAUAAUGAAUUUGGGUGGGGCAAGCAUUGUUUUGAUAUCACUAUGCAUUCUUUGAAGGGUAAGAUAGAUUCUGGUUAUAAGAGGGUAGUUCGUAGUGACGAGGAUGGUGGGUAUUACAGGUUAUUGGGUUUUCCUUUGGCUAUUCAAUUCUGGUUUUUCGAGUGUUGCCCGUAUGUUAUUGGGAAACUAUCCUUGUACUCAAAUGUUGGCAUUCCAAGGAUUUUGAAUUGGCCUAAAUUACCCAAGGACAAGGAGGGUAUGGUGAAAAUGGAUGUCAUGAACACCCUCAUUUUCGAUCGGUCUUUGAAAGAGUUAAAAUUAAGAAACCUCACUCCAACUUCCGUUGAGAGAUUGAGUUUGAGCCUCACUGAUUUUUUCUCUGGUGAGACUACUCCCGAGGCUGUGAAAUUCAAAAUUAAAGGUGGUUCCAAGCCUGCUGGUCAACCUGGCUUGAUGGGUUCUUCUUCAUCAACUGCUCAUGAGAAUGUCUCCCGAGUUGAGUUUGAGGAAUUUAAAAAGUGUUUAUCUGUUGUUGUCAGCCAGCAAGGGAUUCUUAUGAAAUCUGUUGCUGAGAUGAACAAGAAGCUGGACAUUCUUAUUGAGGUGUUUUUUUUUAAUUGUCAUUACUUUUUCUGUUAUUUUUUUAGUAGUGUUUUUAUGUUGUUUUAUACAGUUAAUUAAUUUUUUAUUUUUUUUUUGUUCUCAGUCAUCCCAAGGUGGUCUCACUCACAAUGGAUCUCAGUCUGAAGAUGCUCUUCGUACUUCAGAAAAUGAGGAUGAUGAAGAUUCCACUUCGGAGGAA